GGAGGAGAAUUUUGGAAAGUUUAUUCCCGGAUUCCGGGGAGAGUUUGGGAUUUGAGCCGGGAAGUGUCCCGGGCUCCGGGGAGAGUUUGGGAUUUGAGCCGGGAAGGGUCCCGGGCUCCGGGGAGAUGCCGCCGGGGUUCCCGGGAACUUGGUUACGAGUUUGGGGAAGCUGCUGACUUGCCCCGCGAUGCUCCUUCACUCUCCCCCGGGCUCGGUGCCUCUCCUCCGGCUGCUCCUGGCGGCCGCGCUGCUGCUCCCGGGACCGGGAGAGGCUGUGGCCGCGGGGCUCAGGGUCCGGGUCCGUUUGGCCGAUGGACAAGUCGCCGAGGAGACGCUGGAAGCCGAUACCGACUCGGACUCCAUCAGCAUCGAGUUCAAGAGAGGAGACGGCAGCCUCAUCACCCUGAUCGCCGACUUCAGACAGGAUGUGAAGAUUAUCCGUUCCCUGAUUCUGGGGGAGUUGGAACGUGGUCAGAAACAGUUCCAGGGCUUGUGUUUCAUCACCAGGCUUCACAAGAAUGAAAUUAUUCCAAGUGAAUCAAUGGCUAAACUGCGACAGAAGAAUCCGAGGACAGUGCGUGUGGCUGAGGAACAGCGAGGCCCAGAGCACCUGUACAUGGAUGUGGCAGUGAAUUACAGCAGAGCGAAUCCACUGAGUGUCCACAUCAACAGUGUAUGUGCAGAGGCCAUGGAUGCUGUCUAUGCAAGAGAGAGUGAUGUGAAUUACUGGACGGAGAAAGGUAUUGAGGCUUCAAUCUUUGAUUUAAUGCCAGUUUCGGAGGAUGUGCCACGAUGUCGGGUGAGUCGGGAUCGGUGGAAAGGCUGCAUCUGCCGCUACGCACUCUGUAUUGAGUGGUACCCUUGCUUCCUGAAAUACUGUCGCACAAAGGACCCCGCAGGCAAGACCAGCUCUUACAAGUGUGGCAUCAAAAGCUGCCAGAAGUGCUCCCAGUUUGACUUUUACGUCCCACAGAAACAGCUGUGCCUGUGGGAUGAGGACAUUUAAAUCUCUUCCAUCUCCCACCUCUUCACCCAAUGCUCGUGCCUGAUGGGAGAAAGGCGCGGGCACAGGCCAAGUGUCCAUCUUGUGGAGAACAGAUGCUGCAGCAUCUAAGAUCAUAGACCAUGCUCGGGGAGGGAAUGGGUCCGAGUACUGGAUGGAUGGGAUCCUUCUUUAUACAGAAUUGAAUCAGAUUCACAUUCAGUGAGGGGAGUCCAGGUCUCUGUACAGUUGUCCCGGUCCAGGGUGGGGUCACUGGGGUUAACGGGCCAGUGGUUCGAGGUCUGGUGUUGGGCCUGUGCCCUCCACCCCCUCAGUGUUCCUGUAAGGGUCAAUUGGGUUUCCCGGAGCUUCAGAGAACUGAAUGGUUUCACUUGCUGCUUCAUGAGGGACUGAGGAUCAUCUCUCCAUUGGGAAUUCUUACCGUCCACAUGGGAUUGUCUGAUUUACCUUUUGGGAAUUUGGACGAUUAAUUAAUGUUGUUUUGUCACUAAUUUCAUCCUCUAGAAAUUAAUUUAAAUGCUAAUUUUCUAAAAGUUUGCUUGAUUGAAAUUAAUCUGGGUCCAUUUGCAAUAAGUAGAAUUUCUGAGGAAAAACCAUUUUGGUGCCUCAUCAAUCCUCGAAGCUUCAAAAGCCAAUUUCUCUUGAAUAUAUUUCAUGUUUGGUGAGCUGGUUAGACAUCUCCUCGGCUCAGUCAGGGGCUGGGGUCAGUGAUUAGAGUCACCAACCAGUGAAUUCAAUCUGAGCCCUUAAAGAACUUCAUUCGAUUUGGUGGCUCAUCUGAGACAUGUUUCAUCGGAGCUUAACAGGCUUUGCUCACAUGAACCCAUCCAACAACUCUCUACAUUUAUGACCAGCAAUUUGUUGGCUUCAUGGAGUGGCCUAGUUUUUCAGGAGUGGGCACUAACUGAUCAUCUUGGAUCCCAGUUAUUUAUCUGCUGGGAGAUGUUAGGAUGUCAUGUAUUAUACAAUGUUGGAGUUCAAUCAUGAUCUUGCUGCUUGUUGGCAAUCAUUUUGAUUUGUGUAGCUGAUCCCUGAUUUGUCCUUAUUUUGUGUCAAUUAAUCUCAGAGAAGCUCAUGGUGGAGGUUCUGGUGAAGUCCUAACCUCGGCUGAUUCAGCUAUUCAGGUGACUCAGUUCAAGAUCAUCUAUUAGUGUGAAGGAGAUACAGGGAAUCACUGCAGUUAACAAUCAUGCUGUCCAUUAAUCUACCAUAGGGGAGUGGGCUGCCUCAACGUCAAGGUACAGGCUGGAGAAACUGGUAAAUUAGUAGAUUCUUGCCUUCUGCCUUGAGUUCCACCAGCUGGCUACUGUUAGAAUUCUCAAAAUGUAUAAAAUAUUCUGCAGCUUGUGGGAACCAGCCUGUGAAUCUUUACCUGUGCUGAUUCUUGGUCCGAAAUGAUGGGAUUUAUAAUUUCACCAAAUAUUUUAAUUCACCUUUAAUUUCUCAGUGUGUUUGUUGUGAUUUAACAUGAAAAUUUAAAUAGUUCAGUUCUUUCGGUAUUUUCCACAAAGAGAAGGAUUUUGUGUUCAGUUUAAAUGUCAUUUGUGAAACAUCCGUCCAUUCUGCGAAACUCUUGAUAACUAGAAUUUCCUAAGAUUGAAGAAUGAGGUCUCAUUUACAAAUAUUGUGACCUUGAUCUGAGUUCUCCAGCAGUCAGAGGCCUUUCCAAUUUCAGUUGAAACAUCUGAAUCAUCCCCAGAAAUUCUUCAUCACAAAAAGGGAGUCAGAGGGAUAGCUUGAGGAAAAGAGUUUGAAUUAUUAUUUACUUAUUGUGACAGUGUUGAGUGUUCUUAUCAGUGUUUUCCUUGAGAAAUGUCAGUAAAACAGAGAGUUAGAUGAAACUGAGUAACCAAAGAUCCAGCUCAUUUUUAAUCAACAUUUAUCCUUCCUGAGAUGUGUGUGGGUCACUGAGUGUGCAGAGUUUGAGAGAGACUUUCCUAUACAUGCACAUCCUCCUCAAUAACAUCCCAGCUUCUAAUGUAAAAGCAAAAUACUACAGAUGCUGGAAAUCUGAAAUAAAAACAGAAAAUGCCGGAAAAACUCAGCAGGUCUGGCAGCAUCUGUGGAGAGAGAAAUAGAGUUAACGUAUCGAGUCUGUAUGACCCUUCUCCCAGUUUCUAAUCCUUUCACCAGAAGUGAAAGGAAGAUCAGAUUGUUAUGCGAGUUUCAUUUUCAGUAACUGAGCAGAACAGAAUAUUUUGCAUUAUUUGAGAAUUGGUGCCUUGUCAUAACUCAACUUCCAGAUUAGAGUCAGAUAUUUUACACAACAUACUUCCAGGUUGUGCCAGACACAGAAAUAUGUUUUCAUUGCAAGUGUCUGGCGCCAGGUUUCUAUGCUUCCAUUGUAUCUGGGUCUCCUGGUUAGUGACAUUGAAUUACAUGGCGAGAUCUGGAAUUGAUCAUAUUGAAUAGUGGAGCAGGCUUGAUGGGCUGAAUGGCCUUCUCCUGUUCUUAGGUAACUGACAACGCAGUGCCAUAUUCUGAUGGAGUUCACAGUUCUUGAACCAUUAAUGGGCCACAGCCUGGGAGAGAGGGAGUGUUGUUUUGUGGGUCCAGACUGUACCUGAUCAUAGUUAAAUCUGUGGUCCCUGGGUUCUUCAACUCUUCCUUUCACCUGUUAUUCAGUAUGUGGAUUUGGAAUUUUUCUUAUUGCUUUAUUGAAAUCUUCUCCAAUGCCUGUGGCCACUAACACUUUGCAAAAGCCUUUAGAAUGGGCACUGCUUCUGGUAAAAAUUCUGGGCCAUUGAGCAGUAACAGUUCCCUCAGUAUGAGACCUUUGCAAAAUAAGUGCUGAUUAACUUGAUUCACAGUUUACCAGAUUAGUCUGCGUCCAGAUGUUCACUAACUCUCUUAACUUUUGGGUUUGAGAGAAGCUGAGCCAAUGAUGUGACUGAGAACAGAGAUGACAUCACACAGUCAGUGACUGCUUCAUUCCAGGAGUCACAGUGUAGGCAUGGGUUAUUGUGUCAGUGGCAAUGUUUUGGCAUGUUGUGGAAAUACUCAUUUGGUACUAGAGAAUAAAUAGUGGUACCAUGGUGACUGGGAAAUGUUUUGGGGUACCACAGUGAUGGGGGAAUGUUUUGGGGUACCACAGGGAUGGGGGAAUAUUUUGGGUUACCACGGUGAUGGGGGAAUGUUUUGGGGUACCACAGUGACAGGGGAAUGUUUUGGCGUAAUGUUUUGGGGUGAUGCAGCAGUGGGAAUGCCUUCACCCCAAUAACUGCACAGAAUCUCACAAAGUGCCUUCAUGUCUUGUUCAGUGUUUCAGAAAUGUCCUAACAAACAAAAUUAUUUUUGUAUUAUUAUGUAAAAUAAAUAAAAGAUUGUUUUAUUCAGAAAA